GAAUGAAAAACCCUAGCGGCGGCACCAUAGAUAAAGCUCCAAGACAUAUAAGAUUAACCUUCGAAUCGCCAUAACCAAGAAAGCUUCAAUUCAGGUUCCAACAUACUAUUUUCAUGGCUACCUGCUAUCCACGUUUCUGCUAUGACUGAACCGGCCGGUUCACUAUUUAUUCUUAAACCUCGUCGCUUGAGAUUCUAAACCCUAGCAGCAGAAAGGAAAAAGAACUGAAGAAAUGUUGGAGAGCAGAUUGAUUACGAUUAUAAGGAGGAGCAAAUCCAUUAAUCAGAUAAGAUCGUCGUUUUCAUCUCACGGAGGAUCGACAAAUAUUUAUAGUCGAUUUGCUUUUGACCGUUAUUCAACUUAUAAGCAUGUUGCUAACCCCAUUGCGAGAAGCUGUUUCAUCGAUGGCUUUCGAUCGUUGCACAAUCUCAACAAGGGUUCCUACAAGCCAUCUUUCAAGUAUAUGUCUACUGUAGCUGCAACCGCUUUCAAGGAAAAUAAGGAGACUGUGAAGCUUCUUGUUACUGCUGGGCCUCAUGCUCAGAAAGCAAUAGGAAUAUGGCUUUUUGCAUCCGCUGCUUGGGUUUUCAGUAUGGUUAUUCUUGGUGGUGUUACACGACUUACUCGAUCCGGGCUUUCAAUGACUGACUGGAAAUUCACUGGCAGCCUUCCUCCUCUAUCAGAUGAAGAUUGGUUGAUGGAGUUUGAGAAAUAUAAACAAUCUCCGGAGUUCAAGCGUAUUAACAGAGGAAUGAAUAUUGAUGAUUUUAAGUUCAUCUAUUGGAUGGAAUAUGCACAUCGUAUGUGGGGAAGGGCACUGGGGGUCAUGUUUGCUCUCCCAUUUUCGUAUUUUAUUCGAAAGGGUUAUAUUAAUCUACGGCUUGGAGUUAGACUCGCUGGUCUAUUUGCUCUUGGUGGUGGGCAAGGGAUGAUCGGUUGGUGGAUGGUUAAAAGUGGUUUAGAAGAACCACCCUCAGAGUACUCCCAACCACGAGUAAGUCCAUACCGUCUUGCUGCUCACUUGACUUCGGCUUUUGCUAUAUACUGUGGACUCUUCUGGACUGCUCUUUCUGUUGUCAUGCCCGAACCUCCUACUGAGUCAGUAGCAUGGGUACAUGCGGCUGCAAAAGUUAAGAGGUUUGCUCUUCCUGUUGGCAUCAUCGUUGGUAUAACUGCGGUCUCAGGAGCCUUUGUUGCAGGAAAUGAUGCAGGACAUGCCUUUAAUACAUUUCCCAAGAUGGGUGAUUCAUGGAUCCCAGAAGAUGUUUUGAGUAUGAAGCCAAUUAUCCGCAACUUCUUCGAGAACACAGCAACUGUGCAGCUUGAUCAUCGUAUACUUGCAACUGCAACCCUAGCCUCGAUUGGUGGUUUAUGGUGGUCGGCAAGAAAACUCGACCUACAUCCUGCUAUUCGUUCUUUGAUCGGAAGCACCAUGGGGAUGGCGGCCUUGCAGGUUACGUUGGGCGUAUCAACUCUUCUAUCUUACGUGCCGGUUUCACUCGGCACUGCCCAUCAAGCCGGGGCGUUAACGCUUUUGACUCUUAUGCUCCUCCUUAAUCAUACCUUACGACGACCAUCACCGAUGCUUCUAAAAUCACUACCGGCAGUUGCUAAAACCAUCUAAUAACUCGUGAUUAUUAUUUGUUUUCCAUUAACGUUACUCCACAUUCAGAUGUUUGUUAAAACCAAACCGAACAAAUUCAGUAAAUCUAUUGAUUCAUUCAGAUGUAAGAUCAAAUGUUUGCUAUGUAUUCUAUAUUUUUGUGAGGGUGUAUAUAGAAUGCAUAAGCUAUUUCAUAAUGUUGUCUUGAAUCAUAUUUAAUAGUUGUCAACAGAUUGAUUGG